AUGGAAGUGAUCGUAUCAAAUUGGAAAUCAACUAUCUUCAGUCAGUUAAAAGAGCAAAAUCAACGAAGAAACGUCUACGAUGAAAUCAUUGAACAUUAUAAUCGUAUCCUAGAGAAUAAUGCUGUCCUACAGAUUCAGUGUAACAAACUUCAAACAGAUGUUCAUCAUUUACGUUUGGCUAAUGCCGGUCUAGAAAAAGCAUCCGAAGCUAGUCAAGAGUUGGCUCAUGCAAACAAUAAAUUGACGGUCGCACAAGAGGAAGUUGUUCGAUAUUUACGAGACAAUGGUGAACUUGCUCGAGAAGUUGUUCGCUUGAACCACACGAUCGCUGAUAUAAGCGAUAAACUCAUCGCCGAAGAAACGAAGGCACGGCAAUGUCAAUCAGCGAAUGAUCAAUUACAAGAAAGUAUAAAAAAAGCUGAGUCUGAAGUGGAGAAUCUAACUCAGAUCAAUCAAGUUCUUCAAGAAGAGUUUCAAGCAAGUCAGAGUAAGAUCAACAAAUUGCAAAUUGAAUACAAUCAAAUGCGACCUGCACAUCUCGAACUUGAACAACAAUUGGAAACAGCGAAACGUAAUAAUAAACAGAUAGAAGAUGAAUUGAUUUUUUAUAAAAAUGAACGUGCAGCAAUGAAUGAUUUCGAAGUUGAACAAUCCAAUCACAAAAUUCGCAAAGAAGUCGAAACACAACAGCGGUAUUCCGAACCAAGCAUAUUUUUCGAAGAUGAUAUGGUUAUCAUCCCACCAUUGAGACCCGCAUCUGACGUAAGCCAAGACAUUCUAAUGAAUUCAUGUUCGAUGGGUAGUAAUUCGGACGUCAUGUGUCACUCGUAUAAUGAGUCUAUACAUCGAGAGAGAAGCACAAGUUUGAUUCCCGGUGGAAGAAAUCUAUUUGGAAAUCUCAUGCAAAAAUUGACAAAUGGAGUAAAAAAUCAUUCGAAUGAUCAUUUCUAUCGAGCGCCGUCAAUUUGCACUUCAGCAUACCUUCCAAGACGAGAAGUGACACAUUGGGAUUGUACUGAUCUCGAAGUGUACGCUCUUCAAUUUCAACCGUCGGGUUCCAUAUUAGCAACCGGUUGUAGUGACAAAAUGGUGCAUUUAUGGGAAAUUGCUUCGAGUGGUCAACAGUACAAAUACUGUUCACUGCAAGGAAGUCAAGGAGCAAUCAAUGCUCUCGAUUUCGACAAUGAUGGAUAUCGUCUUCUGGCUGGAUGUUCGAGUGAUACAGUAUAUGUUUGGUCAUAUGGCGAACAAAAAAUAUUGAAAGACAUAUACAAAGGCCAUCAAGGUCUGAUAUUUACUUGUAAAUUCAUUUCUGGAAAAAAGUUAGCAACGGGCAGUGCCGAUCGAACCAUUAAACUUUGGGAUUUAUAUAGCCGACAUUGCACACAAACAUUAUUUGUUGGGUCAAAAUGUCAUGAUUUAGUCAUUACUGAUGCAGCUGGCACAAUCAUAAGCGGUCACUUCGACAAGAAGAUUCGUAUGUGGGAUCCAUAUACCGAUAAAUGUCGGACAGAAUUAAAAUAUGAUUCUGCCAUCACAUCGCUAUCCUACAACCAAGAGAAAAACCAGCUGCUUGCUUGUUUCAAAGACGAUACAUUAAAACUCAUUGAUUUAAGACAACAUAAAACACUUCAUACAUUUAGUCAUGAUUAUUUUAAAGUAAGUACUGACACAGCUAAAGCGAUUUUAUCACCGGAUGGUCAAUAUGCUUGUGCUGGUUCCCAAGACGGUUCGUUAUUUGUAUGGAACACUGAGAAUCACGUUUGUGAAAACGUUCUCCGACAAAAGCAUACUACAAUGGUCACGUCAGUUGCUUGGCAGCCAGAUGGCAAAUAUGUUGCAUCGUGUGAAAAGCAUCGUCGUGUGGUUCUUUGGAGUCAAUAA